CAUAAACAAUCGGCGUAGGCCGCGGCGGUGAAAACAUUGCACCCAACCCCACCCGAAAUCCGGUCCAACAGAAUCUGGCCUAACUGCGAAGUGGUUCUAGCCGACCCAGCAUACCCGUCGUCCCGCACCGUUCACCCGAGACAACGUUGCCCCUUUCCCGGCCUGCAACAAGACACACGGUUCGAGGUCAUUAUUCCACUGAACAAACGCAUCAUCCAACAGCUGUGCAGAGUGAAAAAAAACAACAAACACCUCCAAAAGUACCGCGUGCAGCGGAAGCAAGAGAUAAUCUUGCCCGCUUAUCGGUCAACCAGCCAAAAAGGCGUUCGAUUUGAUGAGCCGAAAAGAAAGAAGGUCGUUAAACGGCAGCAUCACUCAAUCGCUAAACGAAACUCCUCUCGAGUGACGGUGGUUCGUUACGUAAGCACAACUGCGAUCGCGUGCGGUUAGUUUGCGUGUUUUGCUCUACCCUGCUAACAACACUCUUUCCCCGGACACUGGACAAUGGAAUCGAUCGCGGUUGCACUGCAGCCGUACAAGGAUACGGUCGGGCUGACGGCAGCCAUCGUAACGGUGGUGCAGUUCUUUAGCGGAGUGUUGGCGCUGAACGCAAUCCGUCGCCAGGGCAACACGCGCGGCUUCUCCGCCCUGCCCUUCCUGGGCGGUACCGUGUUCUGCCUGCUCAACAUCCAGUUCGGCCAAAUGCUGCGGGACGACGGUAUGAUACGGGUGAACUUUAUCGGGCUGGCGCUGAACCUGCUGUACGUGUGCGGCUUCUAUCUGUACACCGAGGGGCCGGCAAAAACGGCCGUCUGGGGCCAGAUCGGGCUGGCCGGUGCGCUUACCGCCGGUGUGCUUUCGUACGUGCAGUACGAGGACCCGCAGCUGGUCGAGUUCCGGUUCGGUCUCAUCCUGACCGGGUUGCUGUGGACCUUGGUCGGCAUGCCGCUGCUCGGACUGGGUGACAUUCUGAAGAAGAAAAGCACCGAAGGGCUUCCAUUUCCCAUCAUCUUUCUCGGCGCGGUCGUGUCCUUCGCCUGGCUACUGUACGGUAUCAUACUGCGCAGCAAUUUCCUGGUGGUGCAAAAUCUGAUGGCCCUCGCACUGAGCGCGGUACAGCUUUCGCUGUUCAUUAUCUUCCCGUCGGGUGCAGCCAAACCGCCGCCUACUCCGGCCAAGAAGCGCAACUAAACACGAGGCGCGUUGUUAGUGGCAGAGAAGCUCUCUCAACUCGCUAAAUGUUGGAGAGAUAUGGAGAGAGACAAGGAGAAGAAAGGACAAUAAUUCCAUGCUCAAAGUGAUUUCUGCAAGACGCGGAGAAACGUUUUAUGACAAUAAUACAUUUUGGUGGUUAUAAGCUCGAAAUUUAAUGACAAUAAGCUUCCAAUACCGAUACAAUAAAAAUGUUUAAAUAUAUGUACAAACCACAGGAGAAAACAUAAGACAUAACGGAAAGACUUUAGGCAAGAAAAAUGUCGCUACCAUUUUAAAUAUCCCCUUUUUAAACGAUCGUAUGUUAUGUGCAACGCUUUGUUACUUUACGCUAUUUUUGAAGUUAAAUAAAGAAAAAAAAAUAAAUCCAACAAA